GCAUUAUCGGCUGGGUGACAGAAAUAUAGAGGGGUAAUUUAUUAAUCCAGGUCCAAAAUGUGAAGUGAGGUUGGGGGAGGGGAUUUAGAAGGCUAUAAAAGUCUAACAAGUGGAAAAGACCCAACUCUUAGUCAGAGGGCGGCGUGCGGGCCGGUUCAGCCACACAAAUGCCUUAGUCCCCCUUUUUAAAAAAUCACACAGUAUGAGGAAAUCUUUACUUCAUAAACUCCUCAUCGGUAGCACUAAGAUCUUGCGGCAAACAACUAUAAAAUCCGUGUGAUAAGUAGUCAAUGGUUGUUUAUCUAGGGGAAAGCUAUAUCAGCGCUCAAUGGCGUGCACGAUACAUGAAAGUAUCUUAUUAGUGCCCAGAUCCGAUUGUCCGACCCAAAUCAUUAAAACAAAGUGUUCAUGUUAAGUUUCCAAUCUUAUCUAAAUUAUGACUGCAGAAUAAUCAGGAGGAAAUUCAUUGUGUCUUGUUUACACUUAGUUUCGUUUUAAAAAAAAAUGGAAACUUAUUAGAAUUCCGCACGACCUUCGUUGGCAAACCCUCGCCCCCUCCCCACCCGAAAAAAAAGGUGAGUGUGUGUAAUCAAAAGGUAUUUUGUGGGUCUGCUGCGUUUUCCCAACGAACACGCCCAAAUAGAUUAGAUAGAUAUAUAGAACCCGGGGGAAGAUCCUGGUCUCAGUGUGGCGGACGCCUGCGAUCUCUAACCCAGCCUCCCAUUUCAAUUUGGAAACGUGUGACAUGCAUACAGAUGAUGGAUAAUCUGUAACAAAAAGAAAGAGUGCGGGAUAUCAAUUCUCCACUGGGAUUUACAAUUUACGACGUUUUUUACUUUGCACUGUGACUGAGUUCACAAGGGUUGGCUUGUCCCUGAAUACCUUGGACUGUCUCUGCCUGGACUCCAAUCAGCACGAGAGGAAUCGCAGCCCACCGCACUGAAACACUCCUCAGCAUGAACCGAAAAACCAGGCGCUGGCUCUUUCACAUUUUCCUCUGCGUGGGAAUCGUGUACCUUAAAAUAGGCGGAUUUUCAUCGGUGGUGGCGCUGGGAGCGAACAUUAUCUGCAGCAAGAUUCCGGGAUUGGCGCCCCGUCAGCGGGCGAUCUGUCAGAGUCGCCCCGAUGCCAUCAUCGUCAUUGGAGAAGGGGCUCAGAUGGGGAUCAACGAGUGUCAAUUCCAAUUCCGAUAUGGUCGCUGGAACUGCUCCGCACUUGGCGAAAGAACCGUCUUUGGCAAGGAGCUCAGAGUGGGAAGCAGAGAAGCAGCCUUCACUUAUGCUAUUAUUGCUGCUGGAGUAGCUCAUGCAAUCACUGCAGCAUGCACCCAGGGGAACCUGAGUGACUGUGGCUGUGAUAAAGAAAAGCAGGGUCACUACAAUCAGGAAGAAGGCUGGAAAUGGGGAGGCUGUUCUGCAGACAUCAGAUAUGGAAUAGGAUUCUCCAAAGUCUUUGUAGACGCGAGAGAAAUCAAACAAAACGCCAGGACGCUUAUGAACCUGCACAACAAUGAGGCAGGGCGAAAGAUCCUUGGAGAAAAUAUGAAAUUGGAAUGCAAAUGCCACGGGGUGUCUGGAUCUUGCACCACUAAAACAUGUUGGACAAUGCUUCCCAAGUUCCGAGAACUGGGCUACAUCCUGAAAGAGAAGUACAAUGAAGCAGUUCAGGUUGAACCAGUAAGGACGCACCGAAACAAGCGGCCUGUCUUCCUGAAGAUUAAAAAGCCACUUUCAUACCGGAAACCUAUGGUUACGGACUUGGUGUAUAUUGAGAAAUCUCCUAACUACUGCGAAGAAGAUCCAGUUACUGGAAGUGUUGGCACACAAGGGCGAAUGUGUAACAAGACAUCUUCGCAAAAUAACAGUUGCGACUUGAUGUGCUGCGGACGAGGAUACAACACUCAUCAGUACUCCAGGGUCUGGCAGUGUAAUUGCAAGUUCCAUUGGUGUUGCUACGUCAAAUGCAACACCUGCAGCGAAAGAACAGAAGUGUAUACAUGUAAAUGAAUUUGAAACUUUUAUAGGGAGGGGAGUCAUACCUCCAAAGGAAAUAAUUCUACGUUUGCACAUCAUCUCAACCAAGUGGCUGUGAGUUUGUAAAUAUUGUCUCGUUCUCAUAUAGAAUGCAAAAUGCUUGAGGAUCCCUGUCCAUUAAUAUUGCCAGAUUCACAGCCCCCCCCCCCCCGCCCCGGAUUACAAAGAAAUAAAGCACCUAUUAACAUCUCCAUAAAUAUAUCAGACAGAAUUUAAAUACUUAAGAAACCUAUUUCAAUUAGUCAUCAAAAUGAAUCCAGAUCUGAAAAGAAAGUGGCAAAAGUUAAGUGCUCACCAAUAGCUUGGCUUCAACAUAAACCUUUAAAUAUGGACAAUAAAUAGGACCAUGCUGACAAUGGCCCUGUGAGAACUUCUGCUGAGAGUGUGGAUUAUGCAGAUUAAGUUUCUGCAUUUGUGAAAAGCUUCUGCUUGUCUUGUCUGUCUGGAUCUCACAGGAUUGGCUUCAGAAAGUAUUACUGUUUUCAGCUUCCCAUAGACACCGAUUUAUCAGCUUUUUCUUUCUGUCACAUUUUUUCACAGCCAUUAAGAACACCAUGGUGGGGACUAAAGGUGGGGCGGGGGUAGGGUGACUUGGACAGAACAACUGACUACACCAUUAAAUAAAUAGUAAUGACAAUAUUUAACAAUAUAUAUAGAAAAAAAGGAAAACUAAUAUUAAUUUAUUUAAAAAGAACUCUACCUAACUUGGGACGUUUCUACAGAGAAAGGUUUACUCUCUUUGUGAAAUAAUUUCUUUAGAUGCAGCAGGAAUUGGAUUUGUUUGGCUGUAUAUAUUAGAUUUUGCUGAGAUAUUUCUAAUAGUUGUAAUUGCGGGAGCAUUCUGUGCUCUGCACCAUUGGUUUUUACUGACAGAAGCAGGCAUCUUUUGUAAAUCUGCUGUUUGGCUGCUAGUUGUCUGGAACAUCAAACUGGAUGUGAUCUUUUUAAACUCUGACAAACAAAAACUUGAUUAUUUUUCACUCCGAAAUGUCAACUAAUUAUAAACCAUUUGAAUCAAAGCAAAUUUGAUACUCCAGACAAACCCCAUCAUAUGGAAAAAGGAACCAUAGGUUAAAAGAAUAUAUUUUGUAAAAGACUAUUUUUAUAUGAAUAUUUUAUUUAUACUGUUUCUGCUUGUAUAACUCUAUAACCAGUAGUUUUCUUAAAAUAUGCAUAAAAGCUGUGAUUGUUUGUAAUAGAUCUGAGAGAAUUUAACGGCAUUAAGACUGACUAGUUUAUGGACAGAACAGCAGCUGGCUGGAGAAAUUCAGUUUCAAAUGGCAGAUGCAUCAAAAUGCACAAAUGAACUUUCUUAGAUUAGGAUGUGUGUGUACAAACUGGCUCAUUAUUGCAUUUCAAACUGCAGAAUAUGCAAAACAAGAACAGGGUAUGUAGCAUCAAUUUUGUUACUUGGCUUGAAUUCAUGAUUGGUAUUAACUGGAUACUCAUUUAUCCCUUUCAGAGGAAAAAAAAAUGAAAUUGGCUUCCCGCAUGCAUUGGUCAUUAAAAUGUGGGGUUAUGACUAGCAAAUGUGCUGUGUGUGCUUUGAGAUAAAGCUCCA